UAAUGUUGUGCUGAGUGCGUGUUGUGUGCAUGAGGGAGUGAGAGAGAAAACGUGGUCGCUGAGAAGCCUAGCAUUUAAGCUAGUUUGCGAGUGUGAACGUGUGAAUGAAGUGUUACACAGGAUCAAAUAUUUAGUAUUAUUUAUUUUUGUAUGUAGUCAAGUUGGCAAAACUAAUAGGGUGCAGAGACACGAUUCGAUAGAGGCAGCUUUGUGACUUUGUGGCGUUCAAAAUGUCCAUGGGCAGUCAGAAGACCACCAGCCAGGCGAUUCCGACCACCAGGCGAAUCACAAUAACUGAUGCGGCCCAUAUGCCUCAUGAUUACUCCACAACACCCGGAGGGACCCUGUUUAGCACGACUCCUGGAGGUACCCGGAUCAUCUAUGACCGAAAAUUCCUGCUAGAGUGUCGCAGCUCCCCGUUGGCCCGCACACCCCCAUGCUGCCUCCCUGACAUUCCAGGAGUGACCGUUCCCCCUUCGGUCACCACAAAUAAUGAUAAGGGCUACCCCAAAAAGACUAUCAUCAAUAAUAAUAUCAGCCCCCUUGCUGACAAGAGCACAGGAGACGAUGCUCAAUUUGAGAUGGAUAUCUAACUAAAAUAGAGGACUUGCUGCAUGAAGGAGGUGACGACUGUAACAAAUAUUUCCGUGAUGAUUACCGUUCCUUGAGCGGACGAAGGCACAGAAGAGUCCUCCUUCUUUGUCAUCUUUUAUUUUCUUACCAUUAUGUACUGUUCUAAUGGCAUUUUCCUUUUAUGUAUUGAUGCUGUCGCUCAAGACACGCACAAGCCAUUACUCUUGAUUCUCUACAUCAGCUAACACUGUUGUGCCUGAAAGAGCCACUGUAUCGAAUGUCAGAUCGGUGCAUCUCAAGCACAUUGAUGCAGGCAAUCCUGCUCAGCUCUACUUCUGCCUAAAACAUGGACAGGUUAAACCACCAUGGUUAAAAACCACCAUGUUACAUUGUUUUGAUACAGAUUGUUUGUGUAAUUUUGAGAAAUGAGCAGUAGGGGGGGCAACAGUAAUUUUUUGGGGGGUUGUAUUCUCAUUAAAAGUCAUGAGGAGAAAAUCAAGAAAAACACACUCAAAUAGGAAAAAGUCAAAUUUAGCAUACUGUGAUAAAUUUGACCACUUUCCAUUAUGAAUUUUGUAAUGAUAGAAUUCAAUUAUUUCUGUUGGUCAUGAGGAAAUUUUUCACCUAAAGUGUCAUUCAACCGAAUGUUAAAUGCCUUUCUUGUUUUUUUUUUUUUUGCUGUGAAGUUCUCUACACUGCCCUGUAAUUCCUGAAGAGACAUUUAAGCAUUAAAAAAAUCAAUAAACA